AUGGUUUUAACUUUCCUUCACCUUGCCAUUCUCGGUCUUUCCCUUGUUUUUAUCCUUUUCUUUCGUAGGAGAAAACUUUCAGGAUUUAGGCUUCCACCCGGCAACACGGGAUGGCCCAUCAUAGGAGAAACUUUGGAGUUUGCAAUGAAUCACCGACGGGGGUGCCCUGAGAAGUUUGUCAUCGAUAGGAUGUGCAAAUACUCCCCUGAGGUGUUCAAAACCUCUUUGUUUGGGGAGAAAAUUGUUGUAUUUUGUGGUGCCUCAGGGAACAAGUUUUUGUUCACCAGCCACAACAAGUAUGUUACUUCAUGGUGGCCACCCUCAAUGGCUAAAGUUUGGUUCUUCCCUGAGAAUCAAGAAAACACUGUAGAAGUCUGCAAUAAAAUGCGAAGUGUCCUGCCUGAGUUUCUCAAGCCAGAUGCUCUGCAAGAUUACAUCCCUGUCAUGGACUCCAUGGCCAAGGAACAAUUGGAGACGGAUUGGUCUCCACAUAAGCAAGUGCAGGUGUUUUCACUAUCAAAGAAGUACACAUUUGCUUCAGCUUGCAAAGUGUUUAUGAACUUGAUAGAUCCUGAGCAACUAACAAGAUUGUCAAAUCCUUUCACGCAAAUUGUAGCUGGCCUAAUAUCAAUUCCUAUUAAAAUUCCUGGUACGGCUUUCAGUCGUGGUGUCGAAGGAGGCAAAAUUGCUCGGGAGGAGCUUCUAGCAAUCAUCAGGCAGAGGAAAAGAGAGCUUUUGAAGAACAAAGAGCUGAAUAGUAUUGAUUUGUUAACUCGCCUGCUCCUGGCAUCAUAUGAGAAUGGCGAAACAAAUGAUGAAAAACAGAUUGCUAACAAGAUAAUCGGUUUGCUUGUCGCCAGCCAUGAUACAAUGAGCACUGCACUCACAUGCAUUCUGAACUAUCUUGCUGAGUAUCCCCAAGUCUACGAGGGUGUCCUCCAUGAACAAAUGGAGAUUGCCAAAUCCAAAAAUCCAGGAGAGUUAUUGAACUGGGAUGAUGUUAAGAAGAUGAAGUAUUCUUGGUGCGUGGCUUGUGAAGCAAUGCGGCUCUCUCCUCCCGUUCCAGGAACAUUUAGAGAGGCAAUCACAGACUUCACGUACGCAGGUUUUACAAUUCCAAAAGGAUGGAAGACUUUUUGGACAACAUAUUCCACGAACAGAAAUCCUAAGUAUUUUCCAGAUCCAGAAAAAUUUGAUCCUUCAAGAUUUGAGGGGAGGGGCCCGGCACCGUACAGCUUUGUUCCUUUCGGUGGAGGACCUCGAAUGUGUCCCGGAAAAGAGUAUGCUCGGCUAGCAACACUGGUUUUCAUGCAUAAUGUGGUGACUAAGUUCAAAUGGAGGAAAGUAAAUCCUGAUGAAAAGAUCAUUUACAAUCCAACACCUACUCCAGAAAAUGGCUUGUUGAUUCAUCUGGAGAUUAUUAACAGUUAA